UGGUUUGUUAUAAAUAUACAUACCACCCGCAAGAAAGAGAGGAACGAUGUCGCGUCGAGCUGAAGGCCAGCUCUUUGUAGGACGAUUGAAUAAAAGGACAACAGUUCGGGACCUAGAAGAUGUCUUCGAAGCCUAUGGUCGUAUGGCAAGAUGUGAGGUGAAAUAUGGUGCUGAGAUGGCUUAUGCCUUUGUUGAUUUCGAUGAUAAAAGGGAUGCUGAGGAUGCUAUUAAGUAUGAGAAUGGACGGGAUAUCUUGGGUUCCAGUAUCAUUGUAGAACAGGCAAAGGGAAACUCCAGACGACCCAUGAUGAACAGGGUAAGUUCCAAGGGUUACGAUGAGUGUUAUCGCUGUCACCGUUCGGGACAUUGGGCCAGGGAUUGUCCUGAUGACCGGUACAGUGGUGGUUUCCGACGAGGGGGCAGAGGAGGAGGAGGAGGUGGAGGCGGAGGAAGGUACAGAUCACCCUCUCCAAGGAGGAGACGAAGGUCAAGGAGUGGAUCCAGGGACAGGCGGAGGAGGAGAUCUAGGUCAAGGUCACGAUCCAGGAGCAGGAGUCACAGCAGGGACAGGAGGAGGAGGUCAAGGUCAUACAGCAACGAAAGAAAACGAAGCAGCAGAAGGAGAAGUCAUUCCAACAGCAGAUCCAAGUCUCGAAGUCCCUCAAAGAGCAAGAGUAGGUCUCCAGCAUCAAAGUCCAGAAGUCGGUCAAAGAGUGGAAGCCCUGUCGCAGCAAAUGGUCGAAACAGAUCUAAGUCGAUGUCUCGUUCAAGGUCAAGGUCGAAGAGUGCUUCAGACUGAACCUUGAAUGAAUUUUACCUGGAAACUGGUCGUACUUGGCAUAGUAAUAUGGUGAUAUAAGUGAUGGUUUUUGCUCCCAAAACAUCUCUCAUCUUUUACUGAAACCUAGUGUUUUAAUUGCCAGUUUUGACAAAAGAUUUUAAAAACUAUUCAGAUUCACUUUGAAUGCAUGGUCAUUUCAUUUUUUUCGUUGUCAUUGUAAAUUGUGUCAUGAACAUAAUAAUUAAAAUACAAUUAAUCAUGUCUAUA